UAUUUUUUACUCUUUCAAAAGACAGACAAGCGGCGCUAUAAUAAUGACAAAAUGCAUCAAUACCCACACUGGUCAGGCCGAAGUCCAGAUUGGUGACACGUACUGGGAGCUGUAUUGUUUGGAGCAUGAUAUCCAGCCAAAUGGCGAGUUAUCAUUUGCAGGAUCUACUGGUGUUACUGUUUCGACAAGCAAGUUCUUCCUUGACUUAGGCACUAGGAAACGUAUCCCCAGAUCCAUACUCAUCUAUUUAGGACCCACGGUUAUUAAUGAAGUACCUGUUGGAAAAUUUUACUCGAAUCAAACCAUCAGUGGUAAGAUGCAGCAAAUGACUAUGCCAGGAGUCGAUAUACAAUAUCGAAAGUGGUUUGGUGACAUGAGUCAAGAUUCCUAAGCAACCUAAUGGAAGCAUCCAGUUUUAGUGUCAAGUUAUGCGGUGGC